AUAUCGGUUUCACAGCCAACCCGAAUAUCUGCAGAUGCCUGCAUCAAAGCGUCGAGAUUUUUGCUGGUUUGCUUAAGGAUAAGCUGUCUAUUUUUAGAAUCCGUAGUAGCCAUUUUACCCUGGUUUCUUUGUUUUGCUCUUCAUUUUCUUCUUCCUAGCAUAUCCAUGCGGCAUGUUAGAGAGACAGCCUACAACUCCCUCUGUCUACUUCGUCGCUAGGACUGCGAUAACAGCUGUUCUAUUGAUUUUUGCUCUUCAAUGGAAGACAUUUUUAUACAAAUAGCGAGUGUUGCCGAUACAUUUCGCAUCUGCUAUAUACCCGUAUUGCCCUCUAUGAGAAAGAGACUGUUCCAUUAUUCUUAGCUGAAGCCUGAGAUCCCACAUAACCGGGGUUUUUUCAUUGAGAUUUUCGUUCCAUAGCGCCUCGACCUCCUCUCGCCGCAGACGCCCCAGGACCUUGGAGAGCGUUUUGUGUCCGUGGCAGCAACGCGGUUUGAAAAACAACUGUUAGGCCUAUCGGUUCAUCACAAGCCGACGGAUUCAUUAGAAUUUACUAAAAGUAAAGGUCACAGGCGGUGAUUCUUUAUGGAUUAUACCAGAAGACCACAGAUCUGAAGGUGCCGUUUCUCCAGAAAGCAAAUCUUUUGGUUCUUCCCAUUUAAAAACACUUCUCCCCCCAAGAGAAGAGCUAGCCCACCAUAACUCUCCUUCAGAGGAACCAUGGGCACCGUACUGUCUCUCUCCCCCAGCUACCGCAAGGCGGCCCUGUUUGAGGAUGGCCCGGCCACUGUGGGCCACUACACGGCAGUCCAGAACAGCAAAAACUCCAAGGACACCAAGAGCCUCAAGCGCCAGUCUCUCAUCAGUGUGUUGCCAUGGAAACGCAUCGUGGCCGUUUCUGCCAAACGAAAGGGUUCAAAGAAGCUCCCGCCCGAUGACGGCCAGAAGUGCAGUGCCGAGCGUGCAGUCACCAAUGGCCAGAAACUAAAGAAGUCCCAGUCCUGCGCCAACCUGUCAAGCUUCGCCACACAGGAACCUGCUUCAGCCGCCACCAUCCCCACCUCCAGGACCGUCUCCAACGUUGCUGCCACCGCCAAGAAGAACUCGCUGACAGGCUCCAUCGGUGGUCAGGCCACCAAUGUGGGCACACCAAAGCGGGUAAUCGUUCAGGCAUCCACGAGUGAGCUCAUGCGCAGUCUGGGUGAGUUUCUCUGCCGGCGCUGUUACCGGCUGAAGCGCCUGUCACCCACCGACCCGGUACUGUGGCUGCGGAGCGUGGACCGCUCCCUACUUCUGCAGGGCUGGCAGGACCAGGGCUUCAUCACCCCAGCCAACGUGGUCUUCCUCUACAUGCUGUGCCGCGAUGUGGUCUCCUCUGAGGUGGCCAGUGAACGGGAGCUGCAGGCCUCUCUGCUCACCUGCCUCUACCUGUCCUACUCCUACAUGGGCAACGAGAUCUCCUACCCUCUCAAGCCCUUCCUGGUGGAGGCCGAGAAGGAGGCCUUUUGGGACCGCUGUCUGGAGAUCAUCAACCGGAUGAGCGGCAAGAUGCUUCAGAUCAACUCCGACCCGCAUUACUUCACCCAGGUGUUCGCGGACCUCAAGAAUGAGAGCAAGAAGGAGGAAGAGAAGACAAGGUUGUUGAUAGGCCUCGACCGAUAAGAGGAGUUUUGGGGAAGGGGGGAUGAAUGGGGGUUUAGGAUCAGGGUAGCACGACUAUAGACAGAACAGAAGCGUUGGCCGGUGUUCCAAUCUCACAUCAGUAGGAAACUGAUUUAGCAGGAGACCCAUAAUGGUCAAUUAGGAGGCGGCAGUGUCACGUAUCAUGUGAACCUGGCCAGAGUUUGGACCAUAUAAUACACUAAAUCAAUUACAGGUAAUCACAUAGAUACAAUUACUGAUAACCUUUCUGUUGAACAAAUGAUAAAACAUUGCCUUCAGGAUAUGGUGCUCUGGGCCUAGACGCCUAGAACUAACUAGUUUGACAGCAACAUCUGACAAGAUGGCAUUGAUAGUAAUUGAUUACCCCGAAUCGCCUGAAGAAAUCAUGUCAAUGAUGAAAAAUCAUAUCUAUUUGUUAAAUAUAUAUUUUAUUUGUCUAGAUUCAGAAUCAAGAGAACUACUGCAGGGCAAACAUGUGAUGCUCCUGAAUCCUUUUUUCACCUCACCAAGCAACGUCAGCAACCUCACUGACCUAGAUAUUAACAUGGCCAGUAGGAACACCAGACAACGCCACUGUAAUAAUCGACCUGUGUACUGUACAUAGUUAGGUGAAAAAAAUAAACCAUGAGUCAUCAAAACCACCAACAGUAGAGCUAAAGAGAUCAAGCAAGGCACCAAGGGGGGGGGGGGGGGAUUACCGAAGACGUCAUGAUUCCGCUACGCAUGAGGCCUCGUCACUGCGUGUCCCCUCAGCACAUCGCACAACCUUGCGUGUCUUCAUUCCAUAACGUCCUCCGCGCACAAUCAUCGAUUGCUGACACCCACCUACCUCACCAUCAACAUGAGCCUUGUCUAAGUCCACCCGCGAUACAUUGAUCCCUGCAGCGACUAUGCCUGGCUGUUACCCACUCAUCCCCAUAGACAGCAGCAGGGCUUCUUCAUCUGCUGUCUCAUUUUGCCACGGUCAACCAUUUACAGAGCAGACGGUGAUAUUCCCAUCCCUCACCAUCUGUGCCGAAGGCCACAAACCUGAUUGACGCUUCGGUAUCUGACAGACAGUACUGAGUUUAUUACCUUCCAACAGUUGUGGGAGCUGCAAGAGACUAUUAUCAUUGCACUUGAUGGGAUGUGUUCAACUGUCUGGUUUUCAUUGAGGAUCGAACAAAAUGGAUUCCCUGUUAAAGAGACACUUCACACUGAUGGUUAUUUAUCCAACGACUUGUGUUGACAUGCAUGUGUGCUUCUAUCAGUUCCUAGCAUGCUGCUUUGUGUUUGCACACACCACGGAUGAUUCCCAAUUGGCACCCUGUUCGCUAUUUAAUGGGCCCCUGUGGCCUAUUGUAAUGCAUUAUAUAGGGAGAAGGAUGCCGCUUGGGACGCCACCCACAUGAUUUCACACUGGAAGCAGUAUAUUGCCAUGCUGCCCUUUCCGUGAUUGAACCACUGACUACGGUCAUCGUUUUGACAAAAUCCCACAUUCUGCAAAGGGUGAGAGGCGGAGUCCUGUGCCAUAUCGUUCUGAAGGUUAUGUUUUCUAAAAACAACAGUCUCGGGUCAUGACACAGAACAAGAAAGACGUCUUCAUGCAAACCCCCAUACUUUUCAUUAGUUGUUAUAAUAUUAUGUAUGUUGGAGAUGACAAAGCCAGUGACUUGUGUUCUACCAAUGUAACUCAGUGGUAACAUGUAAAAAAAAAAAUAUGUAGAAAUUGUGUGUCUAUCUCCACAGACUUGGUUAUGUAGCAAUCAAUUGAAACUGCCACUGACAUUAUCAACAGUCUCAAACCUCAUGACAAAUAUGCAUGUGAAAGUUACAUUGCAGAGCUUGCAUUCAUGUUCUUCCUGUUUGAUGUGUUUUGGAUGGAUUGAGAGGUGGAUAUCUGAUAUGAAAGGGACAAUCAGAUAGAAUUAGAAGGAACAAUGUCAUGACAUGCUCUCCUGUUGUUGGGCCCACUACCAUUUCUCUUACAAUAUAAUUGUUUUGUCAACAAAAGUUUGAUGCUUUCGAAUUGAGGCAAACACGCAAAUAUUUCUCUUUUGCAUUGUUAUUUAAUGUCUAGCUCCAACCACAUUUCAAUGUGUGUAAUUAUUCUAUUUAAAACCUGAGGUAGUUACUAUAAAAUAGUUACAUCUGGAUAUUUGGAAUACUCUAUCUACAGGCCUUCAGAAAUACACUUGACCUUAUGGGCCAAAAUUGUUGUAAUAUUGUAGUGGAAAUAACAAGAAAUUACACUUAUAUGUUUGGACUUCUGAAUUGUAUAAAGAAACAGAGAUAGUCCCUGCCAGGAGCAGUUUCCACCAUUUUGAUUUCACUUACUCAGUCCAUUCGAAUCAGCAAGGACAAGUCACAAAGAACUGAGAGAAGGAUACACAUUAUUACACAGCCUGUUUGGAGUGGAACACAGCCUGUUUGGAGUGGAACACAGCCUGUUUGGAGUGGAACACAGCCUGUUUGGAGUGGAACAUAGCCUGUUUGCAAUAGACUGGGACUCUGUGGAACUCUAUAGAGGAGGGUAAUGUUUACCCCCGUUCAGCUUCCUUUUUUGACUAAGUCAUAACUAUGUGCCAUGUUUUCGCUUGCAACACAAAUCAGACAAAAAAAUGUAAAAUACAAAGUUAGUGGAAUUAUACAUUUGUUCCCCCUUUUCAUUUGUGAAUCAUAUGGUGUGCAACUUUGUUGAACAAAUCAAGGCAAAAUAGUGUUAUUAUAGUAAAGAUGAGGCAAUCUGAGACUUCUGUAUGUGGGUGUAUGGCUAUGUACAGUAUGUGAGUGAGAAGAAUUUGAUCAACUGUUACAUUUACUUUAUAUAAAAAAUAAAUUUGCAAGCAAUUUUCAAUGAA